UACCUACUAUAUAUAUAUAUAUAUAAUUGCCAUCAGACACCAUUUCUCCAUUAAUUUCAAAAUUGAACUUUCAAGUUGCAAAACAUUCAUUGUCAUAGCUAUUCACUCUCUAUUGUAGCAUGGGCUUAGACAAUUGGUUAUUGAUCGGCCGACUUAGGAGGGUGGUGAAGAAGAUUAGAUUCUUGAUGAAUUUCAAUCUAGAUCGGUGGAAACUUGCUUCAGCGAUCGGUGGUUCAUCGAGCAAGCGCCGCCUGAGCUUCAAUGACCGGCCAGGCUUGAUGGCUUGCACGGAGGACACGGAGUCGAAUGAAUCGGGCUCUUCCCACGGACUUCAAAGGACCAUAAGUUAUCCCUCCGAAGAUGAUAUUGACAAGAGAGCUGAUAUGUUCAUAGCUAACUUCCAUCGCCAACUUCUGCUCGAAAGACAAAUCUCGUUGCAGCUCAGGUACUGCAGGGCCAAUAGCUUCGAAUUAGCAUCUCCGUGAUCGUGAUCAUAUUUGCUUCUGUGAAUAAUAUUAUUAUACGAAUUUACGUAUACGAUGUCACGGAGAUCGAUCAAAAUGUUUUAUUGGAUGAUCGGGUCUGUGUUUUAUUGGGGGGAAUUCGAUCCAUUAUUGCUUGGGUUGAUUGCAGAGACGACGAUUGGGAAUUUUGAAAGAGUCCAAGUUUUCAGUUUGUUAUGGUCUUUUUGGCGGUCAAGCUAAGCCAACAUUCUUUGAUUUGAAUGUAAUUUAAUUUUGUUUGGUUUGGAGUGUUUUAUUUCUUUUUUUCUUUCUUGAUUCUGUGUGUCAGGAGUGGAAUUUUUGUUUUUCGAAUUGGGUUGUUUGGUACCACAUUUUUUUGAUUCUGUAUAUAUGGAUUUGUAUAUAUGAAAAUAAUUGAAUAAAAGGAGAAUGAAAUGAAAUUCUUGGUUUUGUUA